CCGAACCCGAACCCUAACUGCCGUUUUUAAGGUUUUCAUCGUUUCACCUCCGUGUCCGUGACACCGCUGACGUCACGCUGAGCUGUGAUGAACGAGGUGGCUGACGUCAUGGCGACGGUCCGCAGCUGACCGUUAGCUUAGCAGGUAGCAGCUAGUUAGCAUAUAGCUCCGUUCACCUGCAGCUUCAUUUACUACAACUAGCACAGUUGUUUGCUGUUUGUUGUGGUCAACUGUACGUUCAAAAGUCCGUUGAGAAAACAGCAGACUUUAGUGUUCAGGAGGUUUUACUGUAACACACCGGCAGCACCAGUCAAUACGGAUCGAUAAGUAAAUCAGAAUAAUACGAACUGAUCGAGCUGCUGCUUUUCUGAAAGUCCAGUUUGGUUUGAAAGUCUUUGAUGUGAAGCUUCGCUGUUCCAGCUGAUCAAAGAGCUUCAGGAUGAGCAGCCGAGGAGACGAGCGCAGACGGAGCGGCUCAAAACCUCGACAGCAGCCCAGAGAUGAGGAGGAAGACGACUUCUACGACUGCCAGGAGACUCUGGAGCCUCCUGAUGCCACAGAGGGGGGCGGAGUCAAAGGCAAAGAGAACCCCACACAGUAUGAUAACAUAGAGGGAGGACGACCACAGGUUCUGCAGGGCGACAGGCUGCAGGGCGACAGGCUGCAGGACGAGCUGCAGGGCGACAGGCUGCAGGGCGACAGGCUGCAGGACGAGCUGCAGGGCGACAGGCUGCAGGGCGAGCUGCAGGGCGACAGGCUGCAGGGCGAGCUGCAGGGUGACGAGCUGCAGGGCGACAGGCUGCAGGGCGACAGGCUGCAGGGCGACGAGCUGCAGGGCGACAGGCUGCAGGACGAGCUGCAGGGUGACGAGCUGCAGGGCGAGCUGCAGGGCGACGAGCUGCAGGGCGACAGGCUGCAGGGCGACAGGCUGCAGGGCGACAGGCUGCAGGACGAGCUGCAGGGCAACAGGCUGCAGGGCGACAGGCUGCAGGACGAGCUGCAGGGCGACAGGCUGCAGGACGAGCUCCUUAACAUAGACUUGAAGGACCAGGCAAUCUCCGACUGCAGCCGAGCGAUAGAGCUGAAUCCAGAUUACCUGCGGGCGUUGCUACGGAGGGCGGAGCUUUACGAGCAGACUGAGAAGCUGGAUGAGGCUCUCGAGGACUACAAGAAGGUUCUGGAACGGGAUCCGAACCACCCCGGUGCCAGGCAGGCCUGCAUGGUGAGCUCACUGACAGCUGGCACCAAACAGAACCAGAACCAGCAGAGGAAGUUCAGUAAGCUGAAGGACCUGGGCAACAUGAUCCUGCGUCCGUUCGGACUCUCCACCAACAACUUCCAGGUGAACCAGGACGCCGCCAGCGGCUCGUACUCCAUCAACUUUGUCCAGAACACCGGCAACAGAUGACAUCGCUGUGACAUCACCACGGGCAGCGAUGAGGUCACCAAACCUGCUUCUCACUUAAUUAUUUUCGAUCAAGUUCCUUCAAACAAAGCAGGAGGUCCAGAUUCUGAUUCACUUACUGAUCACGAGGACUCUGUUAUUGAUGACUGUUGUUCACUGGUUUACUGGUCAAAAUGAGAAAUAAAAACCAGUUCAAUGAA